AUGACGCUUCGCAUUGACCAUGGGUUAUACCCGCGAGUCGCCAAUUUCCAGUAUGUGCAGUAUAUAAAGGAUACUGGAAGGACUUAUCCCCUACACCAACCGAUCCCUACAAGCAUGUCCAGCUUUGACAAUAUUGUCGCGUUUCUAUCUUCUCAUGAAUACGAGACGAGUUCUGCUCUCUUGUAUUCCCCAUUGCUUCUUGUCGGUCUUGCUGGUGCUGCCGGGGCUUACCGUAAAGUCCAUACUAAUCGGGUAGACUCCUCGUCCAUCCCUCCAUCUCCGCCCAAACACUGGCUCUGGGGCAACAAAGAGAUUAUGGGGAAGCCGUAUCGACACGUCCUCCUUGGAACUAAAUACAAACAUGAGCUUGGUGAUAUCAUUAGUACUACAACAUUAACGAACACUACUAUCUAUCUCAACACUAUAGAACUGGCAACGGAAUUUCUUGAAAAGCAUACAUCAGUGACUUCCGAUCGUCCACGCGAUGUUAUGAGCCAGGAUAUCUUGGGAUGGGCCACUUCUGCAGCUUUCCGCAACCACGAUGAGACGCAUAAAAAAAUGCGUCGAGUACUGGCCUCUGCGCUCCAUCCAACAGCUGCUCGUUCAUACGGACCACAACAUGUUGAGACAACUCUCGAUCUUCUUCGUGAAGUCGCUUCCGACCCGACUUUGUUUAUGGAAUCAACCAAUAAUGCUGUCGCAACUUUCGCAAUUAGACUUGCGUAUGGGUAUACUCCCAAGGCACAAAAAGAUCCAAUACUUCCUUUGGCUCAAGAGUCCAUCCGUUACCUUGGAAUUUCAGUCAGUAACUAUUGGCUGGUCAACGACUUCCCCCUGUUGAAACACAUACCAAGUUGGCUCCCGGGGGCAGAGUUCCAGAGAAUUGGCGAGAAAGGGUACAGAUUGCGCAAAAGCUACGCAGAUACCAUGUUCAAUGUGGUACAAGAGCAAGUUGUUCAGGGGCGUGUAGAGCAACCGUCGUAUGUUUCUGGCCUACUUGAAUCGAAAGGUGGCGCGAAUGCAAACGAUGAUGAUAUCUACCUUAUUAAAUAUACGGGAGCAUCGAUUUUCUCAGCUGGAGCGUCGACAACUGCAGCCGUCGUCAAAUCAUUCUUUCUGAUGGCAUGUCUAUAUCCAGAGGCUGUAAAGCGGGCACAAGCAGAGAUCGAUUCAGUAGUUGGGAGAGAGAGAAUCCCGGGACUACCCGAUAGGUCGGAUCUUCCCUAUACCGAGGCACUUGUGCAAGAGGUUAUGAGAAUGUGCCCCCCUGCUCCAUUGGGUUUGUCCCACCUGGUUACUGAAGAGUUCGAAUUCCAUGGCUACCGAAUCCCAAAAGGCGCAUCCGUAAAUGGAAACAUUUGGGCAAUGCUUCGCGAUCCAAACCAUUUUGUUUCCCCGCAUACAUUCGACCCGGCUCGCUUCAUGGGUCCUAACCCGGAGCCUGACCCCCGGAAAUAUAUAUUUGGGUUCGGUCGUCGAGUCUGCCCCGGUCUGCAUGUUGCCAAUAACAGUUCGUGGGUGAUGUGCGCCGGGUUAUUAUCCGUGUUCAACUUCCAGCCGGGACCACAAUUAGCAGCUAAGGUUGCAAGCCUAGGCGGAAGGGAGUCCGAGAAAUUGUAUGAGUUGACCGAGCCGUAUGGACCUGGCGACCCACUACCGUUUGAUUGCGAGCUGAAGCCCCGAGAUGCAGCGGCAAUAUCCUUAUUGGAAAAUUCCGACUGA